ACACACGCGAUACAGACUCUCAAGGAACAAAUCUGCAACCUUUCUGUCCUCUUCAUCUCUCUCUCUCUCUCUCUGUGUGUCUCUUUCUCUUUCUCUCUCUCUCUCCACAUUAUCUACACUUUAAUCGCUUUUUUUAUGCCUCUCAACUUUAAUUAUUCACGCUUUGCUUGUUAAUGGGGAUGUAGAUUCUGUCCACCCCCUCCCCCCUCCUCCCCCGCUCUAUCUCUCCGUCUCUGUCACACACACUCACUCACUCUCUCGCUCCGUAUUAUCUCUCCGUCUCUGGUACACACACACACACACACACACACACUCACUCUCUCGCUCCGCUCUUUCAUCGGCACCACCUGUUAGUCGUCGCCGGCGCGGUGCGGGGAUCUCGGCGGUCUGUGAAGAGUUUCACCCCCGGUGCCAUCACACAGCUCCAUGACGGUGCGUAAGGGUAAGAGGGGCGUGUCCAUCCAGGAGCACAUGGCCAUAGACGUCUGUCCAGGGCCCAUCCGGCCAAUCAGACAGAUCUCUGCCUACUUCCCCCGCCUCUCCCCCACCUCCUCCAUCUCUGAUUCGCUGUCACCCAACCAGGCCGACUGUCCGUCCCCGUUGCCGGGGGGAGGUGGGGCCUCGGCGGGUGUCGUGCUGCUGUUGCCCGGAGCGACAGGAGGAGGAGGGGGAGGGACACUCUCCAUGAUGAGCAGCGUGGACGCGUCCAUAGAGAUUGACAGCGGAGACAGCGACGACAACACGUCACUGGGCACUCUGGAGUUUGAUCUGCGUUACGAGACGGAAACCAGCUCGCUGCACUGCAUUAUGAUCCGAGCUAAGGGUCUUAAACCCAUGGAUUUCAACGGCUUGGCAGACCCUUACGUGAAAUUGCACCUCCUCCCGGGUGCCUGCAAGGCGAAUAAGCUGAAGACUAAGACGGUGCGGAACACUCUGAACCCCUCGUGGAACGAGACGUUGACCUACUGUGGCAUCACGGAGGAGGACAUGUACAGGAAGACACUCAGGGUGUCGGUGUGUGACGAGGACAAGCUGACACACAACGAGUUCAUCGGGGAGACGCGGAUCGCCCUGCGCAGAGUGAAGCCUGACCAGACCAAACACUUCAACAUCUGUCUGGAACACCCGCCUCCUCUUCCUUCGCCUACUGCCAUGAGUGUCGCUCUCAGGGGGAUCUCCUGUUAUCUGAGAGAGUGGGAGACGGAACAGCAGCGAAGCCUGGAGGAGCGCGGCCGUCUUCUGCUCUGCCUGCAGUUCCUGCUCCCCUCCACUGCAGCAGAGGGCGACGAGCCCAAACGGGAGGCCAAGGACCGCGCCAAGGGGGGGCUCUGUGUGGGCGUGCGCCGCUGUGCCCACCUGGCCGCCAUGGAUGUGAACGGAUUCUCUGACCCCUACGUCAAAACGUACCUGAAACCAGACCUGAAGAAGAAAUCCAAACACAAAACAGCCGUCAUCAAAAAAACCCUCAACCCUGAGUUUAAUGAGGAGUUCUUCUAUGAGAUCACGUUCACGGAGCUGACCACCAAAACACUGGAGGUCACGGUGUGGGAUUACGACCUGGGCAAGAGCAACGACUUCAUUGGAGGCGUGUCCUUGGGCUGUCACUCACAGGGCGAGGCUCUCCAGCAAUGGAUAGACUGUCUGAAGAACAAAGGCCAGAAGGUGGAACGAUGGCACACGCUGACCAAUGAGCUUCCAGGAUCCACCGCGCAGGAGUGAAAUGGGCGGGGCUGCUCAGUCUCCCCUCCGGUGGCUCUGACGGAUGCUGCCAUCUGAUUGGUGAACGGCUGCUGUCAGUCAAGUGCUGACAGGUGGGAAGCAAUGAGAGAAACAAAGUAAAGAGACACAGUCACUGGUGGCACGAGAUUCAUAUCAGGGAGAACAGUUGGAGUUCCACUCACAACCCUGUAAUACUUCAGCCAUUGUUGUUUUAGUUUGUUUGACACAUUCAGAGUCUAUUUUCAUGUCGUGACAAAUUCGUUUUACACAUUCAGAGUUUGUCACACACAAGCACACAAAGGUGUCACAACCUUUCAAGGCAAACAUUAGCCUCUCCAGUAAUAAAUAUUUAUUUUCGGUCUGUAUUACAUUUUCAUAUAAGUUACAUCAUGUCUAUUUAGCCUAAACAUGAGAAACAUAAUUUAAAAAGCCAUUUAUAAUUCCAUCCCAAAAAAUAUCACAACCACAGCAACACAUUCACAAAAUGCAAAAGAGAGAGUUGAGACAGCUAUGGAAGAGAUGCCUGUGGUUGGGUUUCAAUGCAAUAUGUUCUGUUGCAAUAAGGUAUUUUUUCUGAUUUGAAUAUGCUUCCAAGGAAUUCCAAGUGGUCUUACACAUGGGUGUUCGUAAAAUAUUUGUUAGUGAUUUGAAAUGUGAUUGGCUCGCCUGCUGCUAGUACCACACUGGAAAGAAAUAACCCCUAGAUACAUAAAUUAGCACUGAGAGUCUGUGUUGUUAAUCCACAUGGGACUACAGAUAGUCCUCGCAUCACCAACGUCCUCUUUCGUUCUACACGCCGUUUGCGCCGCUGCGGCCGUGACUUGGCCGUGACCGUGACGUGCCGUGGCCGUCUCCACCGUGAUCCGAUGAGCAGUUAUAUGGUAUAUGACAUCACAUUCUCCACAGAUGACCGCAGAAAGUCACAAAUCCGUCUGUCAGUGUGCAGUGUGUUUACCUCGUGAUCCUCAGAAGUCACAGCAUGGUGGUUUGUUUCUGUACGCGUGCUCACGCCCAGUCCUGACCGACUGAAAAGAAAAACAUCUGGGAACAUCUACGAAGAGCAAACCAGGCUUCCACUCAUUUAUACACACAAACAAACACGCAAACAAACACGCAAACAAACACACAAACACACACGCAAACAAACACACAAACAAACACGCAAACAUCCUCCAUGCCCUCCUCCAGCAGAGCGCUAAAUGUCCCUGUGAUGCUUCAGGCCUGCAUCUGCCCGUGUGGCAUACGAGUGGACUGUGUUUGUCCUUGGCAUGCUGCUAGACGUUCUUUCAAUGGGUGAGUGUUUCUUUUCAGAUGUGCCCACGUUGCUGUAGAGGACACCCUAGCCACUCUUACCAGGCUUAUCUGUGAGCAACGUGCCAGACCCACUGCCUCUGCAUAUGCUGUUCUGUGGCCAUGAUCCCACACAUAACACAUGUUUUUACCGUCGCAGAAGGGAUCUGAGAACGCCUACUCUGUAUUAUGUUUUAUUUAUGUUUUUUUGUUGGGCGUCAUGAUACUUUAUUAUGGUUAUGAUAAAAAAAAAAAUAUGACUGUGUUUGCGUAACUAUAAUCCAAAGUUUCUGCCUCUCUGAAACCAAGCAUGCUUUUCUUUGUGAUGGUCAAGCAUGUUUAAGGCUAAUGCUAAUCCAGUCUGUGGAAGGUUAAAUGGUGUUUCGUCUCUCUGGUAAGUGUGUACACGAUGUAGUGUGGGUAUCCUGAGCAUCUUUGGUUGUCACACAGCUUGAUGAAAAGAAGAAGAAGAAGAAAAAACACAGCGAAGCUGAAUUAGCUGGUUUGUGCUGUUUUUUUUUUCUUUUCUUUUGGUCAGUUUUCCUGAAGUUGGGAUCGAAGGGACACUUUCAUGGUUUGGAGUGAUUACAGCAAUGAAUGUCGCCUCAUUUUAUAACAAUAAAAGUCUUGUGUGGUCCUGGA